GUAGACGUAAAAUAAAAACACCACGGCACGACGUAUAUCUAAAUAACGUUCGUGUGAUAGACCAUGCCUCGAAAAAUACUUCCCGUAACUCCUGCCGUUAGUAGCAGCGGUGUGUUAUUUUAGACCAGGCAGGUCGUAAGGGUUGCUCGUGGAUGAUAGCGGUACAUAUUUUAGUCAAUGAAAAAACAACAGAGUCAUGCGUUUUUCUCUUUUUUUUUGACGCUAACAAGGGUGCCCUCUCGGUCACGACUUUAACGUUUGAUGCAGACGAUCCACGUAUGCGUUUGUCAGCAGAUUGACGGGAACCAGUCACCAGCAACACGUAGACUGACAGCCGGUCAUCAGCAACAGAUAGACUGACAGCCGGUCAGGAAGUUUCCAGACUCUUUUUAUUUUUCCUAGUAUAUUAAUGUUAACUGUCGUCUGCUUGGAUGCACAUGUUUACUCCAUUGCAGGCGAUAAUUGUAUCGCAUCGAGUACAAGAUAUCUUUCAGCGAUCUAAAGUGUUUCGCGUGAUCCUUGAAGCAUUGAUUUGAGUUUUUUUCCCCACGUUGUUUAUUGAUGAUAUCAUAUCGCAACGGCGACUUUUUAAACAAACGUUCGAAUUCUAUACUGGGAUGGAUAGAUAGAUGAAGAUUUAUCUCGAAUUGCUGACACGUUGGACUAUUCUAAGAAACAAACCUGCGGACGAACAAUGGAUUACGUGUGACAACAAGAGGGUGUAAGUCACCCACAGACAAAGACAGCAGAUUGUGAAGACAAAAGGUUUACGAACAAGAACUUUUGUGCACAAAGGUAGGAGGAAGGAAAAAAACAACAAAAAAAACCCCCUGUUUGGGGUGUAUCAGAAGGGGUGAUUCCAUUUUGUCACGCUGCUAUUCCGGAAGUGAGGUCUCUGUGCGCAACCGCGCGGUGUAUAGAAAUUGGAGCGAAAUAGCGAAUCGAACUGAAAGAGAGCGACCGAAGACGAAUUAACAAUUCGUAUCUACAACGAUAUUUGUGACAGACAUCAUGUGACGUACAAAGAUUCGUCGUAGCUUUUCUGACUUCCUUGAAGGAUUUUGUUUUCUACCAGUUAUGAGGAUCUUGGUAAUUCCUGCUACUUCCCUGAGUGGUGUGGAUCAAGAUAUCCAUCUACAGCAAGCGUUCACGACACAUGUUCAUUAGUAGACGAGACGAUCGAAGAGACUGAUUCCAAGUGGAUCUACCGGGAACCUAAGCGUAUUUGGAUCCUGUAGACAUUAAAGUCAUCAGAUUUUGUGUGCAUAAGUUUCUUUGAGAUCUUUUUUUUUCAUCGUAAAAUAUUAUUCCACAAAAAUGAAUCUGUGAAAAAGAUUUGCUUGGAAUAUUCUGUUGCGUGUGAAGAACGCAAUGUGUAUACGUGUCAGUAGAUAAAUAACAAGUAAUAAUUAAAAGAAGCAGGUCGAAGCAGAAUUUAUAACUGACCAAUUUGCUGCUUUCUCCAUGAAUGUGAUUCGGAAUGUUGUUAUACUUAUUUGAAGCCAGAAUGCCAUGGGCAUUCUGAUGUACACAACCAUGUCAUAGCAAACAAACCUAAGUCGAAAAUAUUCGUUCUAACAAAAGACAGUGCUUCUGCACGCCCUAAAGGAAUUAAAAUUCCACAUGAAACGGUGCGUAAAAUUGGCAAAAUUGUGUGCAUUCCAUCGUUGACCAUGAGUGAAAUAAACUUCAAAAUCAACCUGACUUACGGCGGAGACUCGUUCAUGCAGGACGAGGGCAACAACAAGGACGCGUUCUUCAUCCAGUUCCUGCUGUGGUCCAUCUUCCUGCCCAUCACAGUACUGGCCGGCCUCAUCGGCAACAUCCUCACCAUCAUCGUGCUGUGGCGCCGCGAAAUGCAGUCGCCCACCAUCUACUACCUCAGGGCCCUCGUCAUCUCGGACUCCGGGAUCCUGAUCACCUCGGUGAUAGCCCUGACCCCCUUCGCGUGCUCCAACUACCUGGAAUCGUCGGCCAUGACCGUCUACAAGGAGGCCGUCUACCCGAUCCUGCACACGCCGGUGAACUUCAUCAUGAUGUUCCUGCAGACGGCGAACGUCUGGAUCACCGUGUCUGUCUCCGUGGAGCGCUACAUCGCCAUCUGUCACCCUUUCAAGGCCACGAAGAUCUGCACCAAGAAGAAGGCUCUCAUAGUAAUCAUCGCCAUCUUGUUUUCCUCAGUCGCCUACAACAUACCCCGUCUGUUUGCAACGCGCGCGCGCAAGUGCCCGGAAGUCACCGGUCGUUCGUGUUUCAUCCUGGCGGACACCCCGUUCGGAAAGACGUCCUCGUACAGAGACGUCUACGGGAAGAUUAUGUUCUGCAUAAUCAUCUAUGUGAUACCGCUUGGCUCUCUGUUAGUGUUAAACGUAUUCAUAAUAAUGGAACUGAUGCGCAUGCAACGCAGAGCGCGCGGCGCCAACAUUCAUGACGAUAACGAGGCCAACCUGUCACUCGUCCUGGUUUUAAUUGUGGUUGUGUUUUUAGUCUGUCAGACUCCCGGGCUCAUCGCUCAGUUCGACUGGUUCGACAUUAAUACGUUUUUCAAAUGGCUUGCUUUCAGUAACUUUUUUUUCGUCUUCAACUCCGCCGUCAAUUUCCUCAUAUACACUGCUUUCGGACGGAAGUUCAGGAAAGUGCUGGUGCGCGUGUUCCAUCGCAUCGCCAAGCAUUCUCGGUCGUUCAGUAUAUCUCGAUCGCAUGUAACGGCGAAUGGUUACGAGUUGACGGCGAUAGGGGAUACGGACAAUACCACGGUCGUGGAUAUGUACUACGGCGAUAAAAAACCGGACAGCAAUGCGGUUUGAGAGGACAAAAAAUAUAUAUAUAGGCCCGUAGGAACAACAUUUGAAAUGCUUCACACGAGCUAUUUAGGGAGUGAGAACGAACAAUGUUCUAUUCGAUUGUUAGAUUUUGGAGACCAAAAUGGCUAUGUUUUUGCUGGCAAUUCUCAGCUGUUUUGAAAAUUGUUUUGUAUAUUAGGACAUGAAAAGUUGGUUUUGUGGACACUUUGGUGUUCGAACGGACCUGAGAAAAAAACCUACAAAAUCUAUGUGAAUGAAAUCAGCAGCAUUUGCAGGAGGCCGAGCGGUCGAAGUCGAUCAUUAGACUGGUGUUUGCGCCUAACCUUAAUUCAAAGUGAUAUGAUAAGAUAGGACGAAUACCAGUCACGCUGUUCGCGAAUGCUCGACCUUCUGAACAUGCCACUGAUCGUGCAGCUCCCAUCACAUUUGACGUGUUCAGGAGGCCGAGCGCUCGCGAACUACUUGACCGGUACCGUCGACUUCUAUCUUAUCACAUUCAUCUCAGGUUAGGUACAAAAACCAGUUUAGCAAGCGACCGCGAUCGCUCGCCUUCUAUUCCUGAACAUGCCUCUUGUCUCCGUUGGUAGAUCAGAACUGUGUUCAGGAGGACGAGAUUUCGCGAGCGUUCGCGGUCGAUACAAUGUGUAUGCUGUAUUGAUCGUGAGCGUGUAAGUGCUAACACUCCAGAAAAUGCUUAUAGUUGCUUCGUGUCUAAGAGAUGAUCCAGUCAACACGUCAAAAUGCCUCUAGCAUAAAUCUGCCAAUGGCGCAUUCGAAGUAACCAUUCACGACGAAACGUCAUAUAACCUUGUGCUUAUAAAACUGUACAGUUUAGACACAAUACUUUAAUAAAGUCCGGACGAGACGUAGGCCAUUGGCAAAGCGCUCGCAGGAUGCCCGGUACAUAACGGUCGGUCUAGGAUCGAUCCCCGUCGGUGGACCCAUAUGACUAUUUCUCGUUCCUGUCAUUGGGAUGGUGCAUUAAAAUACCCCUCCUUACUAAUGCAGAAAUGUAGCGGGUUUCAUAUCUAAGACAAUAUGUCAGAAUUACCAAAUGUUUGACAUCCAAUAGCCGAUGAUUAAUUAAUUAAUCAAUGUGCUCUAGUGAUGUCCCAUACGGAUAAUAUGUAUUAAGGUCUAAAACCUUUAGAGUCUGAGGUUAACAGUUUGGUAAGUAGGAGUCAUAGGGACUAAUUCACUCAUCUCUCGCAACUUUGCGAUCUCGCAAUGCAAUGCAAAAAGACUUGCAAAGAGGAUGCUUUGUUGUCUAGCAGAGUCUAAGAGAGCUUUGUGAAUUAGGUCCCUGGUCUACCAGCGAAGUAAACAAAAAAUGUUACUAACUCAUCUUGGGCUACGUGAUUAUAAAAGUUUUUAAAAUAAGUAUCGACCCAAGGCUUUAAUAUAUAGUCUCGACAUGCAAAUAAAAUGACUGUAGUUAACGACUGGCGACCUUGUUAAAGUCUUGAGCCUGAACUUUAAAGGGUUAAAGGCACUGUCCUGAGUUUUCAGCAUUGUAAGAUGUUUCCGACAGAGUCUGUUUGGCGACUAAAGUUACGUAUUAAACACAUUUUCUUGUUUAUAAUAUCCAAUGUAUUUUCGAUCGAGUGUUAAUGUUUUUAGCAUUAAUUCUUCUUUUUACUUCGUAAUAUACAUUUGUAUUGAAAUUCCGCGAGACUCUGCUCUCAUUCGGCCUGAACAGGAUAAAACAGAUAUCCGACGACAUUAACUAGUUAUUAUCUUUAUCCUGCAGACGAUGAAAAGUAAGGAGGAAAAGCUAUUAUUUCUGUUAUUUCAACCGAUUUUGUAAUGUAGCUAUGCGUGUGACAUCACAUGAGUGGCGUCAAAAGUCUUUGCUUUAUCCGUCAUCAUAUUGUGUCAAUAGAAACGGUGGUUUCAGGAUAAAAAUGUAUAAAUCGGAGGUAAAAUCCGAUUUGGGCUAUUAACUUACUGACAUUAGGACGACAACAAACACCUUUUUUUAAUAUACAGACACUGAUAUUCUAAACAAGAAAAUGUAUUUAAUUUGCAAUUUUAGUCAUCAAAAAUGCUGUUAGUCAUACGCACCUUUCAACAGAAGCAAUUUCAGGACAGUCCCUUUAAGAAUCAUGGGGCGCUGGACAUAAACUGACGUUGAGUCGCUUCAGAUCUUUUAACGGGAUGACCGGUAAGAUCUGAGUGAAUUCAGAUUCCUGCACGAAAGUACAUGUUGUGGCGUACGUUUUAGCCUUUCUAAAUUAUCCUGUAUGUAGUAAUAAAUGUUGAAAACUC